AGUGGGCCUUUGUGGCUGUCAGAAUUUCUACAAUGAGCACUGCCGCAGAAAGAAAAUUCAUUAACCUCCGUAAGCGCCUGGACCAGCUGGGCUACAAGCAGCCACUAGGCAUCGAGUCUUUACCUCUAGUUGAAAAACUCUUCAGUGACCUCGUUCAUACUACAGAAAGCCUUCGUAAUGCUAAGUUAAGUGCUAGCAAAAAUGAGAAGGAAAAUAAGAAUUUUGACUCUGUAAUAGAACCCUACAAGGCAGAAAAUGCCAGACUUGUCAGGGAAAACAAUGAGCUGCACUUGGAACUCCUGAAGAUCAAAGAAGAAUCAGACCGACACAUUAAAGACUUGAAAGCCUCUCUAAGAAAAUUUGAACACCAGACAGCUGACUUGAAAUUUUUGAAUAACCAGUAUGUGCAUAAGAUCCGGUCAAUGGAGAAGGAGAGCAAAGCAAAAACCGAAAGGAUUCAGCAGCUGCAAGAGAAGAACCUGCAAGCUGUGGUGCAAACACCAGGGGGAAAGAAGCGAAACAUUCCUUUUCGGCGUCAGCGCAUGCAGAUUGACCAGCCCGUCCCACCAUCUGGAACGAGCUGUCACCCUGUACCUCAGCCAGAGGAUCCUUAUGUUGCUGAUCUGCUGCAAGUUGCUGAUGACAGAAUUCGGGAACUUCAGCAGGACGUGAUUUCUUUGCAAGCAAAGCUGGACACCUCUGAGAAAGCAGUUAAACAUCUCACUCAGAAGGUCGAAUUAAGAGACAAAGAAGUAGAGCGGUUGGCCUUAGCUCUGGAUGGAGGACGAUCUCAUGAUGUAAUUUCCCUUGAAGCCAGAUACAGAAGUAAUGAAAAACUUGUUGCCCAUCUAAACCUUCAGAUUGAAUAUCUCCAGAAAGCUAACCGAGACCUUGAAAAUCGUGUGCAAGAACUCAUGGAAACCCGACAGAAUGUGACCAGUGAGGUGUUGAAUCUAAGCAGCAAGAAUGAGGAACUCUGUAAAGAACUGUCAGAGAUUGACCAGAUGGCACAGCAGCUAGAGAGAGACAAAGAUAUAGCACUUGAGACUGCAGAUGAUGAGAUUGAAGAAGCAAAGAAUGAAAUAAAGAGGCUGCAUAUGGAAAUCCACAAACUUGAAAGUACUUUGGUGCAGUACAAAUCUGACCUGAACACUUGUGAGUUUGAGAAAAACCAACUGGCUGAUGAGCUAGAGAUUAAAAAAGAAGAAAGUCGCAAGUUUGAAUCCCUCCUGAACCACUUGGAGAAUGAAAAGCAGCGUUUUUCUAACAAAUUUGAAAAACAGAUGGUGACAGAACGAGAGCUCGUGCUGGAAGUAGAGAGGAUGAGGACACACUAUGGUAUUUUGCGUACUGAUCGCUCACCUUCUAGGCUGGACUCUUUUGUCAAGACUUUAGAAGAAGAACGGAAUCAUUAUAAAGCAGAGCUGGAGAAACUGGAAAGAACACUUGAUCUAAGAGCCAGCUCCCGAAACCUUUCCAGGCUGGAGAGCAGCAGAAGGCACAGCUCCCCAGACAAGAGCACAGGGAACCAUUCCGAUCUUUGGCGAGUCACCAGGGAAAGAGAUGAGCUGCAGGAGAUGUUGGAUAGGUUUGAAAAGCACAUGGUCGAGAUUCAGUCCAAUGUAAAAGUACUAACAAUGGAAAGGGACAGGUUCCGUGGGCUUUAUGAGCAGGUCCAGAAUGACCUGGUCACGGCAAAGCAAGAUCUUUCUCCUCUGCGCAAAAGCAACACUUCUGUGAAAGAACUGCUCCAUCUAGAGGAAGAAAGAAAUCUAAUCAAGUCUGACUUGCAUAGAGUUCAAGAGGAAAAUGAAAGUCUCAGGGACAGAAUAAAGGUGCAGAAUGAGACAUUAACAACGGAAAGGUUCAGACUUGCUCAAAAGAUUGAUGACUUUGAAAGCUCAAUACAGAUGUUGGAAACUGAACGGUCUGAAUUAAAAGCCACUAUAUCUGAGCUGAAGGAAACUAUAUCAUCUUUAGAAAAUGUAAAUCGAUCACACUGUGUGAAUUUGGCUCAAACCCUGGAUGACUCUUCACAGUAUAAAGUUGAACUGAGCUCUCUAAGGUUACUUAAUGAACAACUUCAUAAAUCUUUGGAAGAUCUCCAACAUCGCCUCACUGUAAAAUCCAAUGAGCUACAGUUAUCUCAGGAAGAGAUUGCAACACUGGAGGAAAGAAUAGGUGAAUUAAAUCAGAAGGUAUCUGCACAAGCCUCCGAAAUGGCCAUGCUUAGAAACACAGUUUCUGUGCUGGACAAAGAGAAAGACGAACUCCAGGAAAGUGUAGAUGAGAAGACUGAGCGUGUUGCCUGCCUGGAUGAUAACCUGGAAAAUAAGGAAAAAACAAUUAGUAACUUGAGGCUCACUCUAUCUGAAUUGGAGGCCACUGUUGACCAGUUGAAAGACUCCAUUAGUAACAAAGAUCGGGAGUUAUUAAGCCUCCGCCGGCAGCUUGAUUCCGUCAUUGCUGAGCUUUCAGAAAAUGUUAGACUGAGAGAAAUUUCCCUGAAGGAGAAUAGAAGAUUGCAGGAUGACCUUGCCACCAUGACCAGAGAGAAUCAGACAGUUGCUUUGGAGUUAGAAAAUGCAAUGCAUGAAAAAGAAGAAUUAAGGCUAAGAGUUCAUGGCUAUAUCUCGGAGGUUGCCAGAAUUGAGGCAUUAAUGGCAGCCAAGGAACAAGAGAAUCGAGAGCUUCUAGAUCAGUUUAGAAUGAUGCACAGCCAAGCUGAAGAAUGGGAAGUUAAGGCACAAAAUGCCGCCGGCGAGAGUAGCUCUGUAAAAAUGGAGUUGCUGUCUAUUGAUACAGAUAGAAGACAUCUGCGAGAGAGAUUGGAAGACUUGGAGAACGAAGUCCGAGAGCACAUGAAUGCUCAUCAGGCCUAUGAAGCUCAGAUGUCAUCCAUGACUAAAACAAUAUCCAAAUUAGAAGAGCAACUCCGACAUGAACUGGAUGAAAAGGCUUUGAUUCUGUCUGAUUUGGCAUCAGUCAGAGAGCUGUGCGUAAAGCUGGACUCUAGCAAAGAGCAAUUCUCCAGGCAGCUUACUGCUAGAAACAUGGAAUAUGAAAGAGUCAUGGAUGAAUUGGAGGAUAUGAAAUCAGAAACCGAACUUCUGAAGAAGCAACUGUCCAGUGAGAGGCUCACUAUUAAGAACUUGGAGACCUUGCUGGCCACUAAUCGAGAGAGAGAGUUUCAGAGUCAUCUUACCACCCAUGAGAAGGACUCUGAGAUUCAACUGCUGAAAGACAAACUUACCCUUUCUGAGAGUAAACUUAACUCCCAGUCUCGAGAAGUGGCUAUGCUCAGAAAUAAACUUACACAGCUGCAGUCUGACUAUGAUGUUGCAAGAAGACAACUCACCACAGAGAAGUUUGAAAGAGAACGAGCAGUACAGGAGUUGCGCAGACAUGGGCUUUCUACAUCAUUGCGUACAUCUUCACCACUAACAUCCACAAUGAAAUCGCCUUCUCUAUCUCCAGAACGCUCCAUCUUAAGACCUGUAGAUCGAGCCUCUGAUAAAACAGCAGAAAAAAGUGUAAGCUUCAAGGAAUGACAGCUGUGAAGAUAAUACCACAGAAGAACCAGCACCAUCGCUGUUUACACCAUGUGAAUUGUA